AUGGUGGAGCUUACGGAGGACGAAAAGCGCGAAUUUUGGCUCGCGACUCAUUGUCACGUGUGUGGGAAAGCGUUCCAGCCUGAGGACAAGCGCGUGCGAGAUCACUGUCACCUAACCGGACGCUACAGAGGUCCGGGGCAUUCUCGUUGCAAUCUGAAUUACAGAAACGUGAUUUCCGUGUUCUUUCACAAUCUGUCGGGUUACGAAGCGCACUUCAUCGUCGAGAAAAUCGCGAACGAUUUCGAGGGCGGAGUCGAUCUGCUGCCGCUCACGAAGGACAGUUACAUAUCUUUCUCGAAGACCGUUAAAGAGACGCAGACGGACGGGGGAUCGGAUCGGAAGCUUCGAUUCGUGGACUCGUAUAAAUUUUUAGCAGCGAGUAUCGAAACCCUGGCGUUCUAUGUAAACAAGGACAAGCUGAGAAUAACGCGUUCGGAGUACGCGGAUUUGAGCGCGGAGGAUCUUGAUCUGCUCACUCGCAAGGGAGUAUUUCCGUACGAGUACGUCGACAGCGCAGACAAACUGCGGGAGACCGAGCUUCCGCCGCGCAAGGUCUUUUACAGCUCCUUGACCGACGAGACCGCGAGCGAGAGCGACUACGAGCACGCGAUGAGGGUCUGGCGACGUUUUCGCGUGCGAGAUCUCGGUGAGUACAGCAAUCUGUAUCUCAAGACCGACGUGCUUCUUCUGGCCGAUAUAUUUGAAAAUUUUCGGGACGCAUGUUCAGCGAGUUAUAAGCUUGAACCCGCGCAUUACUACACGUUGCCGGGGUACACGUGGGACGCCAUGCUGAGGUACACCGGCGUGCGUUUCGAGCUGCUCACCGACAUCGACAUGCCCACUACGUAUCUCAUGUAUUACGACGUGAACAAUCUGUACGGAUGGGCUAUGAGCGAAUCGUUGCCGUACGCGAAUUUCCAAUGGCUCGACGACCCUGAGAAUUUCGACGUGACGACCGUGCCGGCGGACAGCGACGUCGGUUACAUUGUGGAGGUGGAUUUCGAGUAUCCGCGGGACCUGCACGACGCCCACGCGGAUCUACCGUUGUGCCCGACGCGCGACAAACCGCCCGAUAAGCGGCAGGAGAAACUACUCGCUACUCUCUACGACAAAUCGCGCUACGUGACGCACUAUCGAAACCUGCAGCAAUGUCUGCGAUAG